UGUGUGUGUGUGUGUGUGUGUGAGAGAGAGAGAGAGAGAGAGAGAGAGAGAGAGAGAGAGCUUACAUCUAUUUGGAUGAGGGUGAUGGCUAUUUGUCAUACUUGGAAGUGUUUAAUACUUAUGUUGAUCAUAUUAAGUUUAAUCAGUAGUGAAGUGUAGUUGGAUGCACAUCAUAUUCACAAAUGCUGCUGUUAGUGUACAUAAAAUUGUUCUUUUCUGUAUUUUUAUAUAGUGAGAAUCUUGCCCUCAUGUAUUUUAUGAGAAAAGAUGCUGAAAAUUAUCAAGUGUAUUGCUUGGAUAAUGGUGAAGUGUGAAGCUGUAUAAUUUAUGUGUUCCUCCUCCUAGUUGUCUCAAAAUUGUCUUUCCAAAGAGGAGUAUCAGGUGACUUCCAGAACCAAAAUUAAUGCUGGUUUCUUGGAUACAUGUUUUUGUAUUUUGUGGAGCUAUGGUUUAUGUAUGAGCUUUGAGGUGUUAAAUAUUGAAGAUUUUACUCUUGUCCCAUUAGCCAGACUUGAUAUGUAUAAGCAGACAGAUGAUGUGAAAAAGACACCAAGAGUGUGUGUCUUUGUGCCCCAUGCUGGAGGGCAGUGAGCCUUGAGGUGCCCCUGUGCAGCCUCACACUCCCAAGAGCACACCACACAGGCGUUAAUAAUGGAAGUGUUUGUUUUAGUUUUAUUUUGCUUUUCAGCACACCCAUUGCUUUAAGGUAUUACUGCUGGCAAUGCUGGCUUUGUAUUCUUCCACCAAGGCUUUCACUGUGUGCAAGAUAAUUCAUCCUCUUUCAUUUUCACAAUUAGGGUUCAACAAACUUAAAAAGUCAGUGCACUAUUCAAGUUGUAGGUCUUACAUUGUUACUUGACCUGUAGCUUUUAUUUAGAAACUUGAGGGGUAAUGUAUGAUAGUUAUUGGAAAUACUACUUAAAUUUUAGUGAUGACAGACAAUAUGCUGAAGGACAAAAUUGGGCCUAACAAAGAUAUAAUGUGUGAUUUCAAAUACUGGUCACAUAUCAAACACAGUUUCUUGUAGUAUUGUAAUCCAUUCAAAAAUGGUCCCUGCUUCACUGUUUUCAGUGCCCAGAUAACUGACCAUGACUGACAGGAGUGAGAUGUGUUAUUCAGUACUAAAUGCCACCAAAUGAUCCCAUAGUUGUGGCACAUUGAUAAUCAUAAUCCAGAGGCAAGAUUACAUCGCAUUAUAACUUGGAAAUAAGACAUUAAUAUUUUUCACCAAUGGGUCAUCCGCUAUAAUUGUUUGAAAUUAUCGCAUGUGACGAAGUAAGCAGACCUUACAGUAGAUUUGUAUUGUGUAGCACCUUUCAUGACAAAUUUAUUGCAUCUUCCUUCAGUAAUAAGGUGAGCUGAGCGUCCUACACAUUCAUUCAUGACAAACACAUUUGUCAUAUUGGGAAUUAUCUGGAAACAUUUUAUUCUCCAUUUCCUCACACCACGUGCGGUCUGCUGUCCUUUACAACAUUCCACGGAGACCAGGGCCCACCAUUAGGUUGUUACACCAUUAGUUCAGCUGGCCUGUGAUGUGUGCGUCAACUCUUCAGUACUGUACUUCAUUUGCAGACCCGACCCCAUUUUCGCAUUAUCCGUAUUUGUUAUUCUUUUGUAUGUCUUUAUCUAAUUUGUUAUUUUUUAUCCAGAUAAUAAUAUAAGAAAGAGGAGAUUUAUACUCACUAACAAUAGUUUGUAGUGUUUGUAAAUAAAAUGUAUAUAGAUAAUGAGGUGUUUGUUAUCGGCCGCCACAAUAAACAUAUGGCAUCAUCUUAGCACCUAUUCAUAAAGUAAGCGUUUUCUUCUAUACCAUGUACUAACGGGAGAUGGUUUAGGAUGAGUGCCGCGGUGCCUUGCCAUGGGAUGAAGAUGACAUUAAGGUUCGUUUCCCCAAAAAAAAGUGUUUCGUGCAAGGCUGAAAAAUCAAUAAACGGAUCGGUAAGCAGAGCAGCGAGUUAAGAGCACGAGUAAUGGGUCCAGUGGCCAGAAGGUGGGGAAUUACUAAGCCGAGGACUCCUGUGUGUUCCAGCGGUGAGUGGCAGUGAUGAGCAAGGUGGAGGAGGCAGGUGGUGGGUGUGGGCGGGGCCACCAACACGCAUGCGUUCCGCAUCCCCCUGCCAUCUCCCUGCCAUCCCCGUCCCUCGUCACCAGCCUCCGUCCUUAGCCAGCAGUAGUUACGGUGCGCCUCUCGGUGGCGGUAGGAGGUGUAUUGCACGGGCCUUGCACUUCCCCAUGGAGGUGUCUCUGGGCAAGGAGGUCAGCGGCGGGCCCGUCAAUUCCCAGUGGUCGAGGGCGGCGCGCCAGGCCCUUUGAUUAUACUACGCAUCUCAACACGACACAAGUGAAUAUUCCCGCCUGGAGGAUGAGGAGCUCGGGGCGAGAGAGCAGCAAGGACCUGGAGACUCACCCUCGCCUCUCCAGUCUGGAAAGAGGACAAACAUGCUGGAAAGAAGGAAACGAAGCGCCAGUACGUGCGUUGGGGCGUCGCGGUGAACUGUGAGACAAAGGAGCAGAGUGUCAACAUCAUCACGUACUUGGAAAGGCGAGGCGAGGCUGAGAUUUAGUAACAUGGUGGCGAAGGAGACAGUGCCGGAUGUUACCAACUUUUCGUGCUGGAGUUCAGUGUUCCAGCACCCGGCCACGCCCUCCGCAGCUGACGUGGUGAAGGCAGUGUGCUCAUCCCUCCUCGGCCUCCUGGUGAUCGUCGUGAACAGCAUCUUCAUCUUCGCAGUGAAUGGGAAGAGACACGCCAGACACUUAUCCUUCCAGCCUCGGUAUCUCCUGACUUCCCUGGGGGUGUGUGACCUCGCUAAGGGUCUGGUGGUGGUGCCCUUGAGCGUGUACCCGAGCCUAUACCACUGCUGGCCCUACCCGCCCCUGUUGUGCGCCGGGCAAGCCCUGCUGUUGCCGCUGCUUCAUCACCAAGCUGCUGUUACUCUCUCUUUGUUGGCGCUGGAUAGAUAUUGGUGUCUGCUGCAUCCGGCCAAGUACAGCAGCCAUGCCUCCAGACCCAUGUGCGUGGUGGUGGUGUUGGUGUCGUGGGUGGCGUGUGCUGGCCUGCAUGCCGCGGUGUACUUGCCCACGCCUCACUUCUACUUCAACCACAUCUCCAGCCACACGUGUGAGCCCUACCACACACUGAACGCCAAGGUGAUCAUGCUGGCCUGCACUGUCUACUUCCCCACGACCAUGGUGACCAUGUACUGCUUCGGGACAGUAUUUCAUAUGGCCCGCUCCUCCUCCCUGCAGCGUCUGGUCUCCGCCACUGUCACCACGCCUGAGAUCCUUGGUGGAGCUGUUAUGGAGAAAGUGAUGCUGGCUGAGCGGCGGGAGAGCAUGAGGAGCUGUCGUGUGAUGGCUGUGGUGUCUCUCUCCUUCAUCAUCACCAUCACACCCUGGACACUGCGGCAAAUCAUCGCAGCCUGCACCAACUCCAGGAUCCCUGGGGGCCUGGAGUAUGGGGUGUGGGUGGUGAGCGUGGCAGGGGGCGUGGUCGUCAUCUUCAUCUUCUGGCUGCUGUCCGCGCCGCUCCGCCAGGCCACGGAGGAGACGCUGCACAACAGGGUGUGUUGUGGGAACGUUUACUACAGCGACCAGGACGACAUCAGCCUGGCGCAGGUCCCCAUGCAGCCCAGCGGUCCCUGCAAGGCCACCACCCACAACUAUAACGGAGGCCACGCCGGCACCUGUCCCGCCGCCCGUGCCGCCCACAGCUGUAACGUGACCCCCCGCCACCUGGCCAACGGGCGCCCCCCCGCCCCGCCCAUGGAUCCCGCCGCCAUGGACUUGGAGGCCGUGGGGGAAAAGUACUGGGGGGAGAUCCUGGAGAGAACCGUGUCCUCCUCGUCACUUCACAACCUGCAGAGGAUUUAUCGUAACGGGUCCGGGCCUCUGACGGACCUCCGCAACUUCAGCAGCUCGACAGCGCUUCCAGACCUGCGGCCCGGCCCGGUGCCCGCCGCCUGGCGCCUCUGAGACGGGUGCGAGGCGCCGCCCUGUGACGCCCGCCUCCAAUACAACGCCCACGUCAAUGCAGAAUCGCAAUAUUUCUAGGCAUGGAAAUCAGACACCUUGUGAAACGUGUCGCUGAGAUGCGAUAGAAAUGAAAUCAGUAUUAUGGCACUCACGGCCUGGACAGAUGAAAUAUGCUAUUCUCGAUGCAAAUAUUUUUAUACCAUAAUAUGAGAUGAAUACCUAGAGAUUUGUAUGUCGCGCACAAAAGCGUAGAGUAUCACACAGCAGCCCGCGUCACCCAUGGCCGGGCCGCGCGUCUGGGGGCGGGGGCGGGACCCCCGACCAGAUAGAUAGCAAGCCACUCAUGCCAAUGGUAAUAAUAAUGCAAAUAUAUAU